UCUGGCGUAUAAAUACCCCCGCUAUUACUCCACUUUUCCUCACUCAAUAGAACCAUGAUUUGCAACAACCAACUCAUCCGGGCCAAACCACCGGUUAUCUCUUUGCCAUCGCAAUUGCAAUGGCAUUAUCCGUCACGGUCUUCGUAAAGGACAUCCUCGCUCUUAUAACAUUCCGCGCGUCUACUGCCGCACCGGAAUAUCCUCGCAUUGCCGUUAUGGUGAAGGUCGAAGUCACUACCACACAAUAUUCGACGGUUGAACCAUCGUCGUCGGUAUUCUCUGACUCCACCUUCAUCGAAGUAUCUUCGGAGUGCUACAGCGGCACACGGGUAGGCAAGCGUAAUCGCUUGUCCUAGAUUAUACAAGAUUGAAGGAGAUCGUCGUUCGACCAGCCAGGCUACAAAGGCCGUCAAUGAUCUUCGCUCUGUGCAUGGACCAUCGUUCCAUCAAUCAGCAUCCUCGCGUAUGUAGUUCCAUCCCAAGGAUUUGGCGGUGCUACAUAGCAUAGUACGACAGGCUCGAUAGUCACGUCGUGCGAGCCUAAAGUCUUUAUCUUCACUUUAGUGAUG